CGCUGUCCCGAGCUGGCCGGCGAGCGGGCGGCUGCGGGCGGCGCGGAGCGAGCGAGCGAGAGAGCGGCGCGGGCCGGGCCAUGGGGUGGCGGGCGGCGGGCGCGCUGCUGCUGGCGCUGCUGCUGCACGGGCGGCUGCUGGCGGUGACCCAUGGGCUGAGGGCAUAUGAUGGCUUGUCUCUGCCUGAGGACAUAGAGACCGUCACAGCAAGCCAAAUGCGCUGGACACAUUCGUACCUUUCUGAUGAUGAGGACAUGCUGGCUGACAGCAUCUCAGGAGACGACCUGGGCAGUGGGGACCUGGGCAGCGGGGACUUCCAGAUGGUUUAUUUCCGAGCCCUGGUGAAUUUCACUCGCUCCAUCGAGUACAGCCCUCAGCUGGAGGAUGCAGGCUCCAGAGAGUUCCGAGAGGUGUCCGAGGCUGUGGUAGACACGCUGGAGUCGGAGUACUUGAAAAUUCCCGGAGACCAGGUUGUCAGUGUGGUGUUCAUCAAGGAGCUGGAUGGCUGGGUUUUUGUGGAGCUGGAUGUGGGCUCAGAAGGGAAUGUGGAUGGGGCUCAGAUUCAGGAGGUGCUGCUCAGGGUCAUCUCCAGCGGCUCUAUGGCCUCCUACAUCACCUCUCCCCAGGGAUUCCAGUUCCGACGCCUGGGCACAGCACAGACCCCCCCACCCCCGCCGGCCGCUGUGGCGGUCGCAGUGACACCAGUGCCCCAGUUCCCAAGAGCCUGCACGGAGGCUGAGUUUGCCUGCCACAGCUACAAUGAGUGUGUGGCCCUGGAGUAUCGCUGUGACCGGCGGCCCGACUGCAGGGACAUGUCUGAUGAGCUCAAUUGUGAGGAGCCAGUCCUGGGUAUCAGCCCCACAUUCUCUCUCCUCAUGGAGACGACACCUUUACCGCCCCGGCCAGAGACAACCAUCAUGCGACAGCCACCAGUCACCCACGCUCCUCAGCCCCUGCUUCCCGGUUCCGUCCGGCCCCUACCCUGUGGGCCCCAGGAGGCCGCAUGCCGCAGUGGGCACUGCAUCCCCAGAGACUACCUCUGCGACGGACAGGAGGACUGCGAGGAUGGCAGCGAUGAGCUAGACUGUGGCCCCCCGCCACCCUGUGAGCCCAACGAGUUCCCCUGCGGGAAUGGACAUUGUGCCCUCAAGCUGUGGCGCUGCGAUGGUGACUUUGACUGUGAGGACCGAACUGAUGAAGCCAACUGCCCCACCAAGCGUCCUGAGGAAGUGUGCGGGCCCACACAGUUCCGAUGCGUCUCUACCAACAUGUGCAUCCCAGCCAGCUUCCACUGUGACGAGGAGAGUGACUGUCCUGACCGGAGCGACGAGUUUGGCUGCAUGCCCCCCCAGGUGGUGACACCUCCCCGGGAGUCCAUCCAGGCUUCCCGGGGCCAGACAGUGACCUUCACCUGCGUGGCCAUUGGCGUCCCCACCCCCAUCAUCAAUUGGAGGCUCAACUGGGGCCACAUCCCCUCUCAUCCCAGGGUGACAGUGACCAGCGAGGGUGGCCGUGGCACACUGAUCAUCCGUGAUGUGAAGGAGUCAGACCAGGGUGCCUACACCUGUGAGGCUAUGAACGCCCGGGGCAUGGUGUUUGGCAUUCCUGACGGUGUCCUUGAGCUCGUCCCACAACGAGCAGGCCCCUGCCCUGACGGCCACUUCUACCUGGAGCACAGCGCCGCCUGCCUGCCCUGCUUCUGCUUUGGCAUCACCAGCGUGUGCCAGAGCACCCGCCGCUUCCGGGACCAGAUCAGGCUGCGCUUUGACCAACCCGAUGACUUCAAGGGCGUGAAUGUGACAAUGCCUGCACAGCCCGGCACGCCACCCCUCUCCUCCACGCAGCUGCAGAUCGACCCAUCCCUGCACGAGUUCCAGCUAGUCGACCUGUCCCGCCGCUUCCUCGUCCACGACUCCUUCUGGGCUCUGCCUGAACAGUUCCUGGGCAACAAGGUGGACUCCUAUGGCGGCUCCCUGCGUUACAACGUGCGCUACGAGUUGGCCCGUGGCAUGCUGGAGCCAGUGCAGCGGCCGGACGUGGUCCUCGUGGGUGCCGGGUACCGCCUCCUCUCCCGAGGCCACACACCCACCCAACCUGGUGCUCUGAACCAGCGCCAGGUCCAGUUCUCUGAGGAGCACUGGGUCCAUGAGUCUGGCCGGCCGGUGCAGCGCACAGAGCUGCUGCAGGUGCUGCAGAGCCUGGAGGCCGUGCUCAUCCAGACCGUGUACAACACCAAGAUGGCCAGCGUGGGACUUAGCGACAUCGCCAUGGAUACCACCGUCACCCAUGCCACCAGCCAUGGCCGUGCCCACAGUGUGGAGGAGUGCAGAUGCCCCAUUGGCUAUUCUGGCUUGUCCUGCGAGAGCUGUGAUGCCCACUUCACUCGGGUGCCUGGUGGGCCCUACCUGGGCACCUGCUCUGGUUGCAAUUGCAAUGGCCAUGCCAGCUCCUGUGACCCUGUGUAUGGCCACUGCCUGAAUUGCCAGCACAACACAGAGGGGCCACAGUGCAACAAGUGCAAGGCUGGCUUCUUUGGGGACGCCAUGAAGGCCACGGCCACUGCCUGCCGGCCCUGCCCUUGCCCAUACAUCGAUGCCUCCCGCAGAUUCUCAGACACUUGCUUCCUGGACACGGAUGGCCAAGCCACAUGUGACGCCUGCGCCCCAGGCUACACUGGCCGCCGCUGUGAGAGCUGUGCCCCCGGAUACGAGGGCAACCCCAUCCAGCCCGGCGGGAAGUGCAGGCCCGUCAACCAGGAGAUUGUGCGCUGUGACGAGCGUGGCAGCAUGGGGACCUCCGGGGAGGCCUGCCGCUGUAAGAACAAUGUGGUGGGGCGCUUGUGCAAUGAAUGUGCUGACGGCUCUUUCCACCUGAGUACCCGAAACCCCGAUGGCUGCCUCAAGUGCUUCUGCAUGGGUGUCAGUCGCCACUGCACCAGCUCUUCAUGGAGCCGUGCCCAGGUGCAUGGGGCCUCUGAGGAGCCUGGUCACUUCAGCCUGACCAACGCCGCAAGCACCCACACCACCACCGAGGGCAUCUUCUCCCCCACGCCCGGGGAACUGGGAUUCUCCUCCUUCCACAGACUCUUAUCUGGACCCUACUUCUGGAGCCUCCCUUCACGCUUCCUGGGGGACAAGGUGACCUCCUAUGGAGGAGAGCUGCGCUUCACAGUGACCCAGCGGUCCCAGCCGGGCUCCACACCCCUGCACGGGCAGCCGUUGGUGGUGCUGCAAGGUAACAACAUCAUCCUAGAGCACCAUGUGGCCCAGGAGCCCAGCCCCGGCCAGCCCAGCACCUUCACUGUGCCUUUCCGGGAGCAAGCAUGGCAGCGGCCCGAUGGGCAGCCAGCCACACGGGAGCACCUGCUGAUGGCACUGGCAGGCAUCGACACCCUCCUGAUCCGAGCAUCCUACGCCCAGCAGCCCACUGAGAGCAGGGUCUCUGGCAUCAGCAUGGACGUGGCUGUGCCCGAGGAAACCGGCCAGGACCCUGCGCUGGAAGUGGAACAGUGCUCCUGCCCACCCGGGUACCGUGGGCCGUCCUGCCAGGACUGUGACACAGGCUACACACGCACGCCCAGUGGCCUCUACCUGGGUACCUGCGAACGCUGCAGCUGCCAUGGCCACUCAGAGGCCUGCGAGCCCGAAACAGGUGCCUGCCAGGGCUGCCAGCAUCACACGGAGGGCCCUCAGUGUGAGCGGUGCCAGCCAGGAUACUACGGGGACGCCCAGCGGGGGACACCACAGGACUGCCAGCUGUGCCCCUGCUACGGAGACCCUGCUGCCGGCCAGGCUGCCCACACUUGUUUUCUGGACACAGACGGCCACCCCACCUGUGAUGCGUGCUCCCCAGGCCACAGUGGGCGUCACUGUGAGAGGUGUGCCCCUGGCUACUAUGGCAACCCCAGCCAGGGCCAGCCAUGCCAGAGAGACAGCCAGGUGCCAGGGCCCAUAGGCUGCAACUGUGACCCCCAAGGCAGCGUCAGCAGCCGGUGUGAUGCUGCUGGUCAGUGCCAGUGCAAGGCCCAGGUGGAAGGCCUCACUUGCAGCCACUGCCGGCCCCACCACUUCCACCUGAGUGCCAGCAACCCAGACGGCUGCCUGCCCUGCUUCUGUAUGGGCAUCACCCAGCAGUGCACCAGCUCCGCCUACACACGCCACCUGAUCUCCACCCACUUUGCCCCUGGGGACUUCCAAGGCUUUGCCCUGGUGAACCCACAGCGGAACAGCCGCCUGACAGGAGAAUUCACUGUGGAACCCGUGCCCGAGGGUGCCCAGCUCUCUUUCGGCAACUUUGCCCAACUCGGCCACGAGUCCUUCUACUGGCAGCUGCCGGAGACAUACCAGGGAGACAAGGUGGACGAGGCUCAGAGACGGAUGGAUGCUGAGAUCUGGCGGCUCCUGUCCAGCUUUGCUGCCCAACCCCAACCCCCUCCCCAGGGGCUCUCUCCUCAUCCCCAGCCUGCAGCUGCUCUGCGAGCAGCACCUCCUCCUUCUUCUGCCUCCUCCUCCUCCUCUUCCUCAGCUUCUCUGUCUUUCUCACCAGGCUCUCAGUUCUCUCUCUCCUACGAAGGCUUCUCUCUGCUUCCUGGAAGCCUCUAUUACUGGCAGCUGCCCCGGGCCUUCCUGGGGGACAAGGUGGCGGCCUAUGGUGGGAAGUUGCGAUACACCCUCUCCUACACAGCAGGCCCACAGGGCAGCCCGCUCUCUGACCCCGAUGUGCAGAUCACGGGCAACAACAUCAUGCUAGUAGCCUCCCAGCCAGCACUGCAGGGCCCCGAGAGGAGGAGCUACGAGAUCGUGUUCCGAGAGGAAUUCUGGCGCCGGCCCGAUGGGCAGCCGGCCACACGCGAGCACCUCCUGAUGGCACUGGCCGACCUGGAUGAGCUCCUGAUCCGGGCCACGUUCUCCUCCGUGCCGCUGGCGGCCAGCAUCAGCGCAGUCAGCCUGGAGGUCGCCCAGCCGGGGCCCUCAAACGGACCCCGCGCCCUCGAGGUGGAGGAGUGCCGCUGCCCGCCAGGCUACAUCGGUCUUUCCUGCCAGGACUGUGCCCCCGGCUACACGCGCACCGGGAGUGGGCUCUACCUCGGCCACUGCGAGCUAUGUGAAUGCAAUGGCCACUCAGACCUGUGCCACCCAGAGACUGGGGCCUGCUCGCAAUGCCAGCACAAUGCCGCAGGGGAGUUCUGCGAGCUUUGUGCCCCUGGCUACUACGGAGAUGCCACAGCCGGGACGCCUGAGGACUGCCAGCCGUGUGCCUGCCCACUGACCAACCCAGAGAACAUGUUUUCCCGCACCUGUGAGAGCCUGGGAGCCGGCGGGUACCGCUGCACGGCCUGCGAACCCGGCUACACUGGCCAGUACUGUGAGCAGUGUGGCCCAGGUUACGUGGGUAACCCCAGUGUGCAAGGGGGCCGGUGCCUGCCAGAGACAAACCAAGCCCCACUGGUGGUCGAGGUCCAUCCUGCUCGAAGCAUAGUGCCCCAAGGUGGCUCCCACUCCCUGCGGUGCCAGGUCAGUGGGAGCCCACCCCACUACUUCUAUUGGUCCCGUGAGGAUGGGCGGCCUGUGCCCAGCGGCACCCAGCAGCGACAUCAAGGCUCCGAGCUCCACUUCCCCAGCGUCCAGCCCUCGGAUGCUGGGGUCUACAUUUGCACCUGCCGUAAUCUCCACCAAUCCAAUACCAGCCGGGCAGAGCUGCUGGUCACUGAGGCUCCAAGCAAGCCCAUCACAGUGACAGUGGAGGAGCAGCGGAGCCAGAGCGUGCGCCCCGGAGCUGACGUCACCUUCAUCUGCACAGCCAAAAGCAAGUCCCCAGCCUAUACCCUGGUGUGGACCCGCCUGCACAACGGGAAACUGCCCACCCGAGCCAUGGAUUUCAAUGGCAUCCUGACCAUUCGCAACGUCCAGCUGAGUGAUGCAGGCACCUACGUGUGCACCGGCUCCAACAUGUUUGCCAUGGACCAGGGCACAGCCACUCUACAUGUGCAGGCCUCGGGCACCUUGUCCGCCCCCGUGGUCUCCAUCCAUCCGCCACAGCUCACAGUGCAGCCUGGGCAACUGGCGGAGUUCCGCUGCAGCGCCACAGGGAGCCCCACGCCCACCCUCGAGUGGACAGGGGGCCCCGGCGGCCAGCUCCCUGCAAAGGCACAAAUCCACGGCGGCAUCCUGCGCCUGCCAGCGGUCGAGCCCACGGAUCAGGCCCAGUACUUGUGCCGAGCCCACAGCAGCGCUGGGCAGCAGGUGGCCAGGGCUGUGCUCCACGUGCAUGGGGGCGGUGGGCCCAGAGUCCAAGUGAGCCCAGAGAGGACCCAGGUCCACGAAGGCCGCACUGUCAGGCUGUACUGCAGGGCUGCAGGCGUGCCUAGCGCCACCAUCACCUGGAGGAAGGAAGGGGGCAGCCUCCCACCACAGGCCCGGUCAGAGCGCACAGACAUCGCGACACUGCUCAUCCCAGCCAUCACGACUGCUGACGCCGGCUUUUACCUCUGCGUGGCCACCAGCCCUGCAGGCACUGCCCAGGCCCGGAUCCAAGUGGUUGUCCUUUCAGCCUCAGAUGCCAGCCCACCGCCGGUCAAGAUUGAGUCCUCAUCGCCUUCUGUGACAGAAGGGCAAACACUCGACCUCAACUGUGUGGUGGCAGGGUCAGCCCAUGCCCAGGUCACCUGGUACAGGCGAGGGGGUAGCCUGCCUCCCCACACCCAGGUGCACGGCUCCCGUCUGCGGCUCCCCCAGGUCUCACCAGCUGAUUCUGGAGAAUAUGUGUGCCGUGUGGAGAAUGGAUUGGGCCCCAAGGAAGCCUCCAUUACUGUGUCUGUCCUCCACGGCACCCAUUCUGGCCCCAGCUACACCCCAGUGCCCGGCAGCACCCAGCCCAUCCGCAUCGAGCCCUCCUCCUCACACGUGGCUGAAGGGCAGACCCUGGAUCUGAACUGCGUGGUGCCUGGGCAGGCCCACGCCCAGGUCACGUGGCACAAGCGUGGGGGCAGCCUCCCUGCCCGGCACCAGACCCACGGCUCGCUGCUGCGGCUGCACCAGGUGACCCCGGCCGACUCAGGCGAGUAUGUGUGCCGUGUGGUGGGCACCUCCGGCCCCCUAGAGGCCUCAGUCCUGGUCACCAUCGAAGCCUCUGUCAUCCCUGGACCCGUCCCACCUGUCAGGAUCGAGUCUUCAUCCUCCACAGUGGCCGAGGGGCAGACCCUGGAUCUGAGCUGUGUGGUGGCAGGGCAGGCCCAUGCCCAGGUCACAUGGUACAAGCGUGGGGGCAGCCUCCCUGCCCGUCACCAGGUUCGUGGCUCCCGCCUGUACAUCUUCCAGGCCUCACCUGCCGAUGCGGGACAGUACGUCUGCCGGGCCAGCAACGGCAUGGAGGCCUCCAUCACGGUCACAGUAACUGGGACCCAGGGGGCCAACUUAGCCUACCCUGCCGGCAGCACUCAGCCCAUCCGCAUUGAGCCCUCCUCCUCACAAGUGGCCGAAGGGCAGACCCUGGAUCUGAACUGCGUGGUGCCCGGGCAGUCCCAUGCCCAGGUCACAUGGCACAAGCGUGGGGGCAGCCUCCCUGUCCGGCACCAGACCCACGGCUCCCUGCUGAGACUCUACCAAGUGUCCCCUGCCGACUCAGGCGAGUACGUGUGCCGAGUGUUGGGCAGCUCCGUGCCUCUAGAGGCCUCUGUCCUGGUGACCAUUGAGCCUGCGGGCUCAGUGCCUGCACUUGGGGUCACCCCCACAGUCCGGAUUGAGUCAUCAUCUUCGCAUGUGGCUGAAGGGCAGACCCUGGAUCUGAACUGCCUCGUUGCUGGUCAGGCCCAUGCCCAGGUUACAUGGCACAAGCGUGGGGGCAGCCUCCCGGCCUGGCACCAGGUGCAUGGCUCGAGGCUACGCCUGCUCCAGGUGACCCCAGCUGAUUCAGGGGAGUACGUGUGCCGUGUGGUCGGCAGCUCAGGUACCCAGGAAGCCUCAGUCCUUGUCACCAUCCAGCAGCGCCUUAGUGGCUCCCACUCCCAGGGUGUGGCGUACCCCGUCCGCAUUGAGUCCUCCUCAGCCUCCCUGGCCAAUGGACACACCCUGGACCUCAACUGCCUGGUUGCCAGCCAGGCUCCCCACACCAUCACCUGGUAUAAGCGUGGAGGCAGCUUACCCAGCCGGCACCAGAUCGUGGGCUCCCGGCUGCGGAUCCCUCAGGUGACUCCGGCAGACUCGGGCGAGUACGUGUGUCACGUCAGUAACGGUGCAGGCUCCCGGGAGACCUCGCUCAUCGUCACCAUCCAGGGCAGCGGUUCCUCCCACGUGCCCAGCGUCUCCCCACCAAUCAGGAUCGAGUCCUCUUCCCCCGUGGUGGUGGAAGGGCAGACCUUGGAUCUGAACUGCGUGGUCGCCAGGCAGCCCCAGGCUAUCAUCACAUGGUACAAGCGUGGGGGCAGCCUUCCCUCCCGACACCAGACCCAUGGCUCCCACCUGCGGUUGCACCAAAUGUCUGUGGCUGACUCGGGCGAGUAUGUGUGUCGGGCCAACAACAACAUCGAUGCCCUGGAGGCCUCCAUCGUCAUCUCUGUCUCCCCUGGCGCCGGCAGCCCCUCUGCCCCUGGCAGUUCCAUGCCCAUCAGAAUUGAGUCAUCAUCCUCACACGUGGCUGAAGGGCAGACCCUGGAUCUGAACUGCGUGGUCCCCGGGCAGGCCCAUGCCCAGGUCACUUGGCACAAGCGUGGGGGCAGCCUCCCCAGUCACCAUCAGACCCACGGCUCACGGCUGCGGCUGCACCAGGUGUCCCCGGCCGACUCGGGUGAAUACAUGUGCCGGGUGAUGGGCAGCUCUGGCCCCCUGGAGGCCUCAGUCCUGGUCACCAUCGAAGCCUCUGGCUCAAGUGCUGUCCACGUCCCCGCCCCAGGUGGAGCCCCACCCAUUCGCAUCGAGACCUCCUCCUCCCGAGUGGCCGAAGGGCAGACCCUGGAUCUGAAGUGCGUGGUGCCCGGGCAGGCCCACGCCCAGGUUACAUGGCACAAGCGUGGAGGAAACCUCCCUGCCCGGCACCAGGUCCACGGCCCACUGCUGAGGCUGAACCAGGUGUCCCCGACUGACUCUGGCGAGUACUCGUGCCAAGUGACCGGAAGCUCAGGCACCCUGGAGGCAUCUGUCCUGGUCACAAUUGAGCCCUCCAGCCCAGGACCCAUUCCUGCUCCAGGACUGGCCCAGCCCAUCUACAUCGAGGCCUCCUCUUCACACGUGACUGAAGGGCAGACUCUGGAUCUGAACUGUGUGGUGCCCGGGCAGGCCCAUGCCCAGGUCACGUGGUACAAGCGCGGGGGCAGCCUCCCCGCCCGGCACCAGACCCAUGGCUCCCAGCUGCGGCUCCACCACGUCUCCCCUGCCGACUCAGGCGAGUAUGUGUGUCGUGCAGCCGGCGGCCCAGGCCCUGAGCAAGAAGCCUCCUUCACAGUCACCGUCCCGCCCAGUGAGGGGUCUUCCUACCGCCUUAGGAGCCCGGUCAUCUCCAUCGACCCGCCCAGCAGCACCGUGCAGCAGGGCCAAGAUGCCAGCUUCAAGUGCCUCAUCCAUGAUGGGGCAGCCCCCAUCAGCCUCGAGUGGAAGACCCGGAACCAGGAGCUGGAGGACAACGUCCACAUCAGUCCCAAUGGCUCCAUCAUCACCAUCGUGGGCACCCGGCCCAGCAACCACGGUACCUACCGCUGCGUGGCCUCCAAUGCCUACGGCGUGGCCCAGAGUGUGGUGAACCUCAGUGUGCACGGGCCCCCUACAGUGUCCGUGCUCCCCGAGGGCCCCGUGUGGGUGAAAGUGGGAAAGGCUGUCACCCUGGAGUGUGUCAGUGCCGGGGAGCCCCGCUCCUCUGCUCGUUGGACCCGGAUCAGCAGCACCCCUGCCAAGUUGGAGCAGCGGACAUAUGGGCUCAUGGACAGCCACGCGGUGCUGCAGAUUUCGUCAGCUAAACCAUCAGAUGCGGGCACUUAUGUGUGCCUUGCUCAGAAUGCACUAGGCACAGCACAGAAGCAGGUGGAGGUGAUCGUGGACACGGGCGCCAUGGCCCCAGGGGCCCCUCAGGUCCAAGCUGAAGAAGCUGAGCUGACUGUGGAGGCUGGACACACGGCCACCUUGCGCUGCUCAGCCACAGGCAGCCCCGCGCCCACCAUCCACUGGUCCAAGCUGCGUUCCCCACUGCCCUGGCAGCACCGGCUGGAAGGUGACACACUCAUCAUACCCCGGGUAGCCCAGCAGGACUCGGGCCAGUACAUCUGCAAUGCCACUAGCCCUGCCGGGCACGCUGAGGCCACCAUCAUCCUGCACGUGGAGAGCCCACCAUAUGCCACCACGGUCCCAGAGCACGCUUCGGUGCAGGCAGGGGAGACGGUGCAGCUCCAGUGCCUGGCUCACGGGACACCCCCACUCACCUUCCAGUGGAGCCGCGUGGGCAGCAGCCUUCCUGGGAGGGCGACCGCCAGGAAUGAGCUGCUGCACUUUGAGCGUGCAGCCCCCGAGGACUCAGGCCGCUACCGCUGCCGGGUCACCAACAAGGUGGGCUCAGCCGAGGCCUUUGCCCAGCUGCUCGUCCAAGGCCCUCCCGGCUCUCUCCCUGCCACCUCCAUCCCAGCAGGGUCCACGCCCACGGUGCAGGUCACGCCUCAGCUAGAGACCAAGAGCAUUGGGGCCAGCGUUGAGUUCCACUGUGCUGUGCCCGGCGACCGGGGUACCCAGCUCCGUUGGUUCAAGGAAGGGGGUCAGCUGCCUCCGGGUCACAGCGUGCAGGAUGGGGUGCUCCGAAUCCAGAACUUGGACCAGAGCUGCCAAGGGACGUAUAUAUGCCAGGCCCAUGGACCUUGGGGGAAGGCCCAGGCCAGUGCCCAGCUGGUUGUCCAAGCCCUGCCCUCGGUGCUCAUCAACAUCCGGACCUCUGUGCAGACCGUGGUGGUUGGCCACGCCGUGGAGUUCGAAUGCCUGGCACUGGGUGACCCCAAGCCUCAGGUGACAUGGAGCAAAGUUGGGGGGCACCUGCGGCCAGGCAUUGUGCAGAGCGGAGGUGUUGUCAGGAUCGCCCACGUAGAGCUGGCUGAUGCGGGACAGUAUCGCUGCACUGCCACCAACGCAGCUGGCACCACACAAUCCCACGUCCUGCUGCUUGUGCAAGCCUUGCCCCAGAUCUCAAUGCCCCAAGAAGUCCGUGUGCCUGCUGGUUCUGCAGCUGUCUUCCCCUGCAUAGCCUCAGGCUACCCCACUCCUGACAUCAGCUGGAGCAAGCUGGAUGGCAGCCUGCCACCUGACAGCCGCCUGGAGAACAACAUGCUGAUGCUGCCCUCAGUCCGACCCCAGGACGCAGGUACCUACGUCUGCACCGCCACUAACCGCCAGGGCAAGGUCAAAGCCUUUGCCCACCUGCAGGUGCCAGAGCGGGUGGUGCCCUACUUCACGCAGACCCCCUACUCCUUCCUACCGCUGCCCACCAUCAAGGAUGCCUACAGGAAGUUUGAGAUCAAGAUCACCUUCCGGCCCGACUCAGCCGAUGGGAUGCUGCUGUACAACGGGCAGAAGCGAGUCCCAGGGAGCCCCACCAACCUGGCCAACCGGCAGCCCGACUUCAUCUCCUUCGGCCUCGUGGGGGGAAGGCCCGAGUUCCGGUUCGAUGCAGGCUCAGGCAUGGCCACCAUCCGCCACCCCACACCACUGGCCCUGGGCCAUUUCCACACCGUGACCCUGCUGCGCAGCCUCACCCAGGGCUCCCUGAUUGUGGGUGACCUGGCCCCGGUCAACGGGACCUCCCAGGGCAAGUUCCAGGGCCUGGACCUGAACGAGGAACUCUACCUGGGUGGCUACCCUGACUAUGGUGCCAUCCCCAAGGCGGGGCUGAGCGGCGGCUUCAUAGGCUGUGUCCGGGAGCUGCGCAUCCAGGGCGAGGAGAUCGUCUUCCAUGACCUCAACCUCACGGCGCACGGCAUCUCCCACUGCCCCACCUGUCGGGACCGGCCCUGCCAGAAUGGGGGUCAGUGCCAUGACUCCGAGAGCAGCAGCUACGUGUGCGUCUGCCCAGCUGGCUUCACCGGGAGCCGCUGUGAGCACUCGCAGGCCCUGCACUGCCAUCCAGAGGCCUGUGGGCCCGACGCCACCUGUGUGAACCGGCCUGACGGUCGAGGCUACACCUGCCGCUGCCACCUGGGCCGCUCGGGGUUGCGGUGUGAGGAAGGUGUGACAGUGACCACCCCCUCGCUGUCGGGUGCUGGCUCCUACCUGGCACUGCCCGCCCUCACCAACACACACCACGAGCUACGCCUGGACGUGGAGUUCAAGCCACUCGCCCCUGACGGGGUCCUGCUGUUCAGCGGGGGGAAGAGUGGGCCUGUGGAGGACUUCGUGUCCCUGGCGAUGGUGGGCGGCCACCUGGAGUUCCGCUACGAGUUGGGGUCAGGGCUGGCCGUUCUGCGGAGCGCCGAGCCGCUGGCCCUGGGCCGCUGGCACCGUGUGUCUGCAGAGCGUCUCAACAAGGACGGCAGCCUGCGGGUGAAUGGUGGACGCCCUGUGCUGCGCUCCUCGCCCGGCAAGAGCCAGGGCCUCAACCUGCACACCCUGCUCUACCUGGGGGGUGUGGAGCCUUCCGUGCCACUGUCCCCAGCCACCAACACGAGCGCUCACUUCCGCGGCUGUGUGGGUGAGGUGUCAGUGAAUGGCAAACGGCUGGACCUCACCUACAGUUUCCUAGGCAGCCAGGGCAUCGGGCAAUGCUAUGACAGCUCCCCAUGUGAGCGCCAGCCUUGCCAACAUGGUGCCACGUGCAUGCCCGCUGGCGAGUAUGAGUUCCAGUGCCUGUGUCGAGAUGGAUUCAAAGGAGACCUGUGUGAGCACGAGGAGAACCCCUGCCAGCUCCGUGAACCCUGUCUGCAUGGGGGCACCUGCCAGGGCACCCGCUGCCUCUGCCUCCCUGGCUUCUCUGGCCCACGCUGCCAACAAGGCUCUGGACAUGGCAUAGCAGAGUCCGACUGGCAUCUUGAAGGCAGCGGGGGCAAUGAUGCCCCUGGGCAGUACGGAGCCUAUUUCCAUGAUGAUGGCUUCCUCGCCUUCCCUGGCCGUGUCUUCUCCAGGAGCCUGCCCGAGGUGCCCGAGACCAUCGAGCUGGAGGUUCGGACCAGCACAGCCAAUGGCCUCCUGCUCUGGCAGGGUGUGGCUGGGGACCCCAGAGACCCUGUGCUUCCCUGGCAGGAGGUGGGAGAGGCCGGCCGAGGCAAGGACUUCAUCAGCCUCGGGCUUCAAGACGGGCACCUUGUCUUCAGGUACCAGCUGGGUAGUGGGGAGGCCCGCCUGGUCUCUGAGGACCCCAUCAAUGACGGCGAGUGGCACCGGGUGACCGCGCUGCGGGAGGGCCGCAGAGGUUCCAUCCAAGUCGACGGUGAGGAGCUGGUCAGCGGCCGGUCCCCAGGUCCCAACGUGGCAGUCAAUGCCAAGGGCAGCGUCUACAUCGGCGGAGCCCCUGACGUGGCCACGCUGACCGGGGGCAGAUUCUCCUCGGGCAUCACAGGCUGUGUCAAGAACCUGGUGCUGCACUCGGCCCGACCCGGCGCCCCGCCCCCACAGCCCCUGGACCUGCAGCACCGCGCCCAGGCUGGGGCCAACACACGCCCCUGCCCCUCGUAGGCACCUGCCUGCCCCACACGGACUCCCGGGCCACGCCCCAGCCCGACAAUGUCGAGUAUAUUAUUAUUAAUAUUAUUAUGAAUUUUUGUAAGAAACCGAGGCGAUGCCACGCUUUGCUGCUACCGCCCUGGGCUGGACUGGAGGUGGGCAUGCCACCCCCACACACACAGCUGGGCAAAGCCACAAGGCUGGCCGGCAAGGCAGGUUGGAUGGGAGUGGGCGCCUCAGAAAGUCACCAGGACUUGGGGUCAGGAACGGUGGCUGGGUGGGCCCAGAACUGCCCCCACUGUCCCCCUACCCACCGAUGGAGCCCCCAGAUAGAGCUGGGUGGCCUGUUUCUGCAGCCCUUGGGCAGUUCUCACUCCUAGGAGAGCCAACCUCGGCUUGUGGGCUGGUGCCCCACAGCUACCUGAGACGGGCAUCGCAGGAGUCUCUGCCACCCACUCAGGAUUGGGAAUUGUCUUUAGUGCCGGCUGUGGAGCAAAAGGCAGCUCACCCUGGGCAGGCGGUCCCCAUCACCACCAGCUCAUUUUUCAGCACCCCCACCCACCUCCACCCAGUCCCUGGCACCUCCUCUGGCAGCCUCCCCCUCCUACCACGUCCUCCUGGCCUGCAUUCCCACCCCCUCCUGCCAGCACACAGCCUGGGGUCCCUCCCUCAGGGGCUGUAAGGGAAGGCCCACCCCAACUCUUACCAGGAGCUGCUACAGGCAGAGCCCAGCACUGAUAGGGCCCCGCCCACCCCAGGCCACAUCCCCACCCAUCUGGAAGUGAAGGCCCAGGGACUCCUCCAACGGACAACGGACGGAUGCCGCUGGUGCUCAGGAAGAGCUAGUGCCUUAGGUGGGGGAGGCAGGACUCACGACUGAGAGAGAGAGGAGGGGAUAUGACCACCCUGCCCCUUCUGCGGGAGCCUGAAGAUCCAGCUCAAGUGCCAUCCUGCCAGUGGCCCCCAGACUGUGGGGUUGGGACGCCUGGCCUCUGUGUCCUAGAAGGGACCCUCCUGUGGUCUUUGUCUUGAUUUUUCUUAAUAAACGGUGCUAUCCCCGCCA